UCUACAACAUUUCUUCCAUUCCCUACCCUUCCCUUCUCCUUUCUCUGUAUCCCUUUCAUUCAUCUGUGCCAAAAACAAUCACAUUUUCUCUCUCUAGAUGGGCACGAAUGAGAGCUUCAUAGCACUUCAAGUUCAUCGCCAUGCCUCGAUUCAUAGCAGCAAUCGUCAGUCCAAACGCCAAUUCAUGUCACUUGAAACCAAGACUUCUCUUGGCUUAUACUUCGUGGAUUCAAAUUUGAUUUAUUGUUGGUUCGUGAAUUUUCAUAGCUUCCCAAAGCAAUUUCGACAAUAUUCCAAGCCUUGCAGAAGUCAUCAUCAAGAAAGUCACAAUACGUUUCUAUUAUCCUUCAUCUUAAAUUCAGCAGAAGAAAUGUCAACUAACAAAAUUGACGCAACUGAUAUUAAAAGAACAUUGCGUAAUGUCCAACCAUCGCAUUUCAUUUUCAAGAUAGAAUUUUUCUCUUUGCUUCUUGAAACAAAAACCGAAAAUUAUGAAUCAGAUGUUUUUGAAGCCGGUGGCUAUAACUGGAAAUUGUCUUUUUAUCCAAAUGGGAAUUCGAAAAGAAAUGGGAAAGAUCACAUUUCACUUUACCUGGUAAUAUCCAAUACACAUAAUCCUUCUUGCGGUUGGGAGGUUAAUGUGAACUUUAAAUUAUUUGUCUUUGAUCACAUUCACGACAAGUACUUAACCAUCGAAGAUUCUGAACCUGUAAGGCGCUUCCAUUGUUUGAAAACUGAAUGGGGAUUUGAUAAAUUUCUCUCUCUCAAAGACUUCCUAAAUCCUUCAAAUGGGUAUCUCGUAGACGACACCUGUGUAUUUGGAGCAGAGGUUUUUGUUAUGAAAUGUCCCGUCAAAGGUGAUUGUCUAUCCAUGGAAAAGUUUUCAACAAACAAAGUUUACACCUGGAAGGUUGAGAAAUUCUCAGCAUUAAGUGAAGAAUGUGUAUGCUCCAAGGAGUUUAAGAUUGGAGUGCGGAAUUGGAAGGUUUUGCUCUAUCCUAGAGGAAAUGGAGAGGGAAAAGGCAAAUGGCUAUCUCUGUUUCUGAAAGUAGCUGAUUCUGAAAAAUUAACUCCCAAACUGUAUGCAAAAUACAAGCUAAGGAUAAGGGACCAAGUCAAUGAUAAACACUAUGAAUGGGAAGCUAGUGUCUGGUUCUGUGCCAUGAAUAGGAGCUUUGGAUACGGAUUCUUCAUGUCUUUAAGUAAUCUCAAUGACAAAUCAAAGGGCUUCAUAAUGAAUGAUACUGUGAUUAUUGAAGCAGAAAUUUCAAUGUUGUCUGUUGUUAAGAACUUCACAUAAAAGGUGUUGAAUUAUGUCUUCAAAGAGAACGAACGAAGUAAAUUAGUACUGAUCACUUUUGUUUAGCAUUGCAGUGGAUUUUAAUUGAUUGCUUUGAUCACUAUAGUUUUGUUUUUGUUC